AUGGAUAUGCCCUUCAAAGAUCGAUUCCUAAUUGAGGUUUAUAGUCUUAACACGGACUCUUGGAGAAGAAUUGAUGUUGGCCCUUCAUGUUAUAUUUUUCCUCAGAAACCUGCAAUCGUGAAUGGAGCAGUAUACUGGAUUGGAAUGAGGAGAACUAAUGAGGGUGAUUGUUCUCUCCUUGUGCGUUUCGAAAUGGGUGAUGAAGUUUUUAAAGAGGUAGUGUUGCCAAAAAUUGCUCCAAAAUAUCAAUUGGACAUUGCAGUUUUGGAGGAAUCACUGUAUCUUUUUCAAUUUUAUGCUAGUUAUGGAAAUGAAUGGUGUGACAUAUGGACAAUGGAGGGUGGCAAAUUGGGUUGUUGGACAAAACGAUUUACGGUUAAUGUUAAUAUCCCUGACCAAUCUAAUAUCAUUCUGCUAAGCUUGAGAAAGAGCGGUGAACUGCUACAAGCAGAUUCCCUAGAAGAAUUCCUUAAGGGUGAUUGGCUGCUAUCUUAUAAUUUUGAGACCCAAAGAGCUAAGGAUCUAGGAAUCCACGGAUAUUUGGGGAUUUAUAGUGCAUAUUCUUAUGUGGAGAGCUUUAUUCAACUUGAUGGUGCAGAGAGUCUUUUUUCCGGCCACUUGAUAAUGGAAAUUGAUUUAGAAAAUGCUUGUGAUGCAGCUAUAUUUACAGGGAACAUCGAUCUCAAGAAGCAAGAAAGGGUAGAAAGAGAGGCCAGAUAA